AUAGAGAAGCUCAGAGAACAGUGGCGAGAGAGCAAGGAGGUCAUCGUCGAUAGUAUUAAGAAGAACCUGCGGUUCAAGAAGUGGCUUGAAUACACAGGCAAGGAUAAAGAAUAUCUCUCUAUGGAUACACAACGUUCUGAGAUGACUCAACUCCUCAAUGAGAAGACUGACGGCUUCAUGAUAGAUACACAACUGCCCCCAGAAGUCAAGGAGUCAAUGCGUCAAGCAAGAUACGCACCGAAGCCACUGAACGCAGUGGAUUGGACUGCACUGGCUGGAAGCGAUGAUUCUAUUCAUGUCAACCUUGGCCAGCUACCCACCGACAGCGAGAGCGAAGAAGAAGAAGAAGAAGAAGAAGACCUCGAGUUCAUCGAUUUAACGCAAGUUCGAAAGGCGCAAGAGAUACCGCUAUGGCAGCGAUCUUCACCACCGGUUACGCCCUUAUACGAGUCAUCGCCCUACCCGGAAAUUGCCUCCACGCCGUGCCCUCCACAACAACACAUUCCAGGGCACAAGAAGAUACAACAGAUCAUCAGAGAGACAAGGGCUACGCAAGAAGCAAGCUUGGAA